AUGAAAGCAACAGGAGCAAACAUCUGGUAUUUUUUAGUGGCACUUAUGGCCCUGUUCAUCUGCGCUGGAGCUGAGAGAAUGUCCAGCAGGAAUAAACGACAAGCGGGUGAUUUUGCUCGCGGAGCACUAAACUACCUUCUCCAAUCUGCAAGAGCUUCUGCACAGCAUCCCGGGAGAGCACCUGCAAGGAAUAAUCAUCCAGCAUUUCGACGACCAAACUUGCUCACAGUCGAAAUCAGGCUGUCUACGCGAAAGGUUGAACUCUAUUCCUAUUUGAAACCAACUUGUUUAAGCGAUCAGAUCUUCAAGAGAAAAGAGGAUAUGAAUCUUCAAGAAUAA